UGACGCUGUGUUUGUUAUGGGUUGCGUGACGGACAACGCCAAGCAUUACCCACAGACAGCAGCCUAACUUGCUUAACUUGCUAGCGGCUUAACAUUUGCCUAACAGACGUUACCGAGUCACCGACCACGUGUGGCUAACGUCGAUCAGUGGCGAAGAGGAUAAAUUAAAAUGUUAUAACGUCUCCUUAAAUUUAUACGACCAAGGUGAACCCUUUUAUAUUUCGUGACUCUUACCAUUCCACAGAGAUCAGUGGGAGUGGAGCUACCACGUGUAUAUGCCUUGAUUGAGUCGAUUUACUGUUUACCAGUGUGAACUUGUGUGACGACUUAAAGGAACUUAUCUAUUAAUCUUUACGGCAAGGUCCGCCUGGGCGACAAGUCAUACCCUUAUCGUUAUGGUAAUCACUAGUCCAGAUUGACCGGAGGCGUUCUCUAUAUUCCUUGCGGGAGUGUGGUGACUGAUUUGAGACGAGCGAGAUGGGUGCACUGAGGACGUUAUUCCAUUUAAUCUUGGCUCUUCAUUAUGGAUAUGGCAUAAAUGUAUAUCUAUAUGGAUUAAACCCACCACAAGAAAUUAUUGCCCUGAGGAAAAUUGGUUAUGGAGCCUUCAAGUAUCUCACUUUUUGGGAUAUGCUGUUGCAGUUCACGUAUUUCACAUUGGCAUUUGUGAAUGACAUUCUAGGAUCCUGCUCCAUCACAGCCAAGAAGCAGUCAGCUUUACAGAAAUUCUGUGAUUUUUACUUCUCAACAGUUGUGUUUGCAAUUGGUUCAUUUGUCAGCAUCUCAUUUUGGGGUUUGUACAACAUCAACCGUGACCUCAUCUUCCCAGUAGUGUUUGACAGCUGGUUCCCCAACUGGCUAAACCACAACGUCCACACAACACCAUUAGUGGGAGUACUGACUGAACUUUACCUGGUACCUCAUACCUUCCCUAAGCGGAAGACUGGCCUAACAGUGGUCACAUGUCUCUGCUUGCUCUAUCUCAUCUGGGUGUGCUUCAUUGCGUACCAGUCAGGACAUUGGGUAUAUCCUAUCUUAGCUGCUUUGCCAUUGAUUGAACGGGCAGUGUUCAUCUCAGCGAUGUCAGUGCUCAUCAGUCUCUUUUACAUUGUGGGUGAAGUUCUGAACAGAAAUGUUUGGGGAGUGGGAGUACAGCAGAAGAAAAUGAAGUAGAUGAACCUAAAAGGAAAUUCUGUAAGUUGAUUGUACUGUACCAUGUCAUAAUAAGGUGUUUGAGAAUAGAGGUAGUAUGUGAGUAGCUUUAUAAUUAUGAUGAAUUUUGGGGUGUAGUAUUUUUAAAUAAAAUGGUUUUUGUUCUGUGUGCAGUGUUCAUGAAAAUUUUUUGAUUAACCAUUGUUUUAUAUUUAGAUCAUCUGUUCAGUCAAGGUUAUUGAUAGAAGCAAGAAACAUUCCAUAUUGAAGUAAAAUUCUUGUAGCUGCAUAAUUUUUCUUCUUGUAUAAAUAGAAACAGCCUGUCGCCUUAAUAUCAACUGUAACAACUUUGAGAAAUGUACAGUAGCAUUACAUCUUUUUAGUUUAUUUAACCCUUACGAGGUAAUAGGUAGUAAUAAACUUUUUAUCUCAAAGAAUAUGAGUUAGUAUGUAAAUUUAUGAUCCCAGUUUCCUGACAGAUGAAUAGGUGGGUUUGAAUGUUAUGCAAGGUAUAAAUGCCUAAGGCUUCCAGAAACAUAAUUGUCUGGUCCAUAACUCAGCACAGUAACUCUCAGAGUUGUUUUACUGUAGGGUCUUAUGCUGGCUCUCUCACCAUGGUAAGAAUGAAGCCUGAUUACAGUGUCUUGAGCUUGAGGGAAAUGAUGAAUUUUUUAAAAUAGAGAAUACUCACUGUGUCAGUUAUCAACAGUCUUCAGCCCACUCUUAUGACUCGUGCAAGGGAAGGUUCCAUCAUGUAUACAAUAUUUUUAUAAUUUUUUUAGAAAUUCUUUCUGGUGGACACUUCCAUUAAAACCUUAGGCCCUGGGUGACUUUCCAGAACGUCCGACCAGCGCGCCCCGGGUGACGUUCUAGAACGUCCGCCUGUUCCCGCCAUUUUUUUGAAAAGUUUUUUUCUCGAUUUAUCCCUGUGGGAGGGGGGUGGGGGUACUGCCAGCAGCACCCUAACCUAGGGCUUAAGGGUUAAAUAUGAACUGAUAUUUGACAAAGGCAUAAGGUUAGUGAUAAAAAUAUAAAGGUAAUGUUACACAUACAGAACAUGGUUAUUGUUAUGGUCGUCUCCCCUUCCCUCAAUAUUUGUUUCAGUUACCCAUUGUAUUUAGUUUCUGUUGUUUCCCGUUUUUCUUUAGAAUCGAAUUUCCACGCUUAUGGUGAAGACUUUAAAAAUGUUUCAUUAUGUAAACUGUGUAGAAUGUAUUCUUAUUUUUAUACAGUUAUGAAAGACUGUAAGAAACAGGUGGAGACUGUGAUGUAGCUUGUGAAGUAACUUGUACAGUACUGUAUAAAUUUUGCUCUUUUUAUGAUUUCAUUAUUGCUAUUUAUAUGCUUUUGUUAUUGAUGUUUAUAUGAUAUAUUUUAAAAUUUUAAUGUUAUUGUGUACAGUUAAAGCUACCUUUACUCAUGUGAGUCUAAUGAUUGAACAGAGGCUUCAUCACCAGUUACAGAGAGUUCACUGUAAAUUAGUACAGUUUAGGUGUAGCACUCCGAAUUUUGGUAAAACCCUCUAAUAUUUGGUUACUCCCAGGUCCCAAGUAUGCUGGAUAAAUGGUCCCGUGCCUGUAUAUGCUGUACUACAUUUCCUAUUUUUAGCUCACAUUAAGUAUUUCCUGCUAAAAGGAUACUGUAGUAGUAACUAGAGCCUUUAAUUGGAAAAAAUGUAGGGCCAGUGUUAUAACCAAUAUACAGUACAGUACUUAGAUUGUCAGAUAAAAGUUGUGCUGCUUUUAUUAAAUGGUGUAACUUCAUUCUUAGUAGUCAUAAUAGUUUAUGUAAUAAUAUAUAUAUUAUUAAUUUUUAAUGAACUAUGAAGCUUUAAGUAACCUUAAUCACCUACAUCUGAUUAUUUGUGCUCUACCUGUACAGUAUAUGCACUGCAGUUGUUUAUUGAUUAUGUUAUAUACUGUAUGUACUGCAGUUUUUCAUUAUUAUUAAAAUUUUAUCACUUGGUCAUUCCAUAUGUAGGUUUUUAACCUACAUAUGAAAAGUACCAAGCACUUUUUAUGAAAGAUAAUGCAAAAAAAUAAUUACAAAUUAAUUAUUUAUAGGAAAUAAGUAUUGUUGUCAGUAAUUAUAUGCAUUAUUGGCUAUCUUGGACACAAAGGCAAGCUAUAAAUAGCUGGUAAGUGCAUAGGUGACCACUAGUUCAGCUGUCCAAACAACACUGUCCCUUUAUCUACCCCCUCUCUUCCCUCCUUUUGCACUGCCAAGGAAGUUUCUAGAGGGUCAAUAUAUAGUUUUUCUUACUUAUUUUUUAUUGUUUUAUCAUUUAAAAGGGUAAAAAAUUAUAUUUGGAAAAGUUAAUUUUUUUCCAUUUACCCCCGAGUGUGGGGUCCUGGCAGCGGCACCCUAACCCGGGGCUUAAGGGUUAAAUUAAUAAAAUGAAAAAAUGUGCUAUUAAUCAUCUCAGUAACUCCAUGUUAAUUUGUAUUUGAUUAUUGAACUCCUAAACACAGAUAAAACUUGUCUAAUAGCACAAAUAUGUACGAACUGAACUCCAUUCUUUCGUAAUGAAAUUUGUAAGUGUAAAAUAAUGUAGGACUAAUAAAUUUACUCAACA